CCCCCCCCCCCCCCCCCCCCCCCCCCCCCCCCCCCCCCCCCACCCCCCCCCCCCCCCCCCCCCCCCCCACCCCCCCCCCCCCCCCCCACCCCCCCCCCCCCCCCCCCCCCCCCCCCCCCCCCCCCCCCCCCCCCCCCCCCCCCCCCCCCCCCCCCCCCCCCCCCCCCCCCCCCCCCCCCCCCCCCCCCCACCCCCCCCCCCCCCACCCCCCCCCCCCCCCCCCCCCCCCCCCCCCCCCCCCCCCCCCCCCCCCCCCCACCCCCCCCCCCCCCCCCCCCCCCCCCCCCCCCCCCCCCCCCCCCCCCCCCCCCCACCCCCCCCCCCCCCCCCCCCCCCCCCCCCCCCCCCCCCCCCCCCCCCCCCCCCCCCCCCCCCCCCCCCCCCCCCCCCCCCCCCCCCCCCCCCCCCCCCCCCCCCCCCCCCCCCCACCCCCCCCCCCCCCCCCCCCCCCCCCCCCCCCCCCCCCCCCCCCCCCCCCCCCCCCCCCCCCCCCCCCCCCCCCCCCCCCCCCCCCCCCCCCCCCCCCCCCCCCCCCCCCCCCCCCCCCCCCCCCCCCCCCCCCCCCCCCCACCCCCCCCCCCCCCCCCCCCCCCCCCCCCCCCCCCCCCCCCCCCCCCCCCCCCCACCCCCCCCCCCCCCCCCCCCCCCCCCCCCCCCCCCCCCCCCCCCCCCCCCCCCCCCCCCCCCCCCCCCCACCCCCCCCCCCCCCCCCCCCCCCCCCCCCCCCCCCCCCCCCCCCCCCCCCCCCCCCCCCCCCCCCCCCCCCCCCCCCCCCCCCCCCCCCCCCCCCCCCCCCCCCCACCCCCCCCCCCCCCUCCCCCCCCCCCCCCCCCCCCCCCCCCCCCCCCCCCCCCCCCCCCCCCCCCCCCCCCCCCCCCCCCACCCCCCCCCCCCCCCCCCCCCCCCCCCCCCCCCCCCCCCCCCCCCCCCCCCCCCCCCCCCCCCCCCCCCCCCCCCCCCCCCCCCCCCCCCCCCCCCCCCCCCCCCCCCCCCCCCCCCCCCCCCCCCCCCCCCCCCCCCCCCCCCCCCCCCCCCCCCCCCCCCCCCCCCCCCCCCCCCCCCCCCCCCCCCCCCCCCCCCCUCCCCCCCCCCUCCCCCCCCCCCCCCCCCCCCCCCCCCCCCCCCCCCCCCCCCCCCCCCCCCCCCCCCCCCCCCCCCCCCCCCCCCCCCCCCCCCCCCCCCCCCCCCCCCCCCCCCCCCCCCCCCCCCCCCCCCCCCCCCCCCCCCCCCCCCCCCCCCCCUCCCCCCCCCCCCCCCCCCCCCCCCCCCCCCCCCCCCCCCCCCCCCCCCCCCCCCCCCCCCCCCCCCCCCCCCCCCCCCCCCCCCCCCCCCCCCCCCCCCCCCCCCCCCCCCCCCCCCCCCCCCCCCCCCCCCCCCCCCCCCCCCCCCCCCCCCCCCCCCCCCCCCCCCCCCCCCCCCCCCCCCCCCCCCCCCCCCCCCCCCCCCCCCCCCCCCCCCCCCCCCCCCCCCCCCCCCCCCCCCCCCCCCCCCCCCCCCCCCCCCCCCCCCCCCCACCCCCCCCCCCCCCCCCCC